UCGUGCGCCGGAGUCAGAACUGCGUCUCACGACCUAGGCGCCGGUUGCUGAAGGAGAGCGAGCGAGCGAUGCUGCCGUCGCCGCUUCCUGAUUGGCUGCGCGUUGAUCCCUCUUCCUUCUGAUUGGCAGCGGGUGAGCUAGAUGAUGCUGAGCAAAGGCCUGAAGCGCAAGCGGGAGGACGAGCCGGAGAAGGAAACCUUGGCAGUGGACACCUGGUGGCUGGAUCCCAGGCUCCCCGCAGUGGCACAAGCACCCCCACCCGUGGCCUCCAGUUCCCUCUUUGACCUUUCGGUGCUCAAGCUCCACCACAGCCUGCGACAGAGUGAGCCGGACCUGCGGCACCUGGUGCUGGUUGUGAACACCCUGCGGCGCAUCCAGGCGUCCAUGGCGCCCGAAGCCCCCCUGCCCCCCGUGCCCAGCCCGCCUGCGGCCCCCGGCGUGGAGGCGGACAGCCUGCUGGCCAGCUCCGACGCCGCCCUCUCGGCCUCCAUGGCCAGCCUCCUGGAGGACCUCAGCCACAUCGAGGGCCUGAGCCAGGCCCCCCAGCCCUUGGCCGACGAGGGGCCGCCGGGCCGCCCCACCGGCGCGGCCCCCCCCAGCCUGGGUGCCUUGGACCUGCUGGGCCCAGCCACUGGCUGUCUGCUGGACGAUGAGCUCGAGGGCCUGUUUGAGGACAUCGACACCUCUAUGUAUGACAGUGAACUUUGGGCACCAGCCUCUGAGGGCCUCAAGCCUGGCCCUGAGGCCGGGCCGGGGAAGGAGGAAACUCUGGAGCUGGAUGAGGCUGAGCUGGACUACCUCCUGGACGUGUUGGUGGGCACACAAUCACUGGAGCGGCCCCCGGGGCCCGGGCGCUGACCCCCCCCACCCCCCCCACAGCUGGGAUGGCGAUCGGGUGUCCAAACCGAGCCCGGUGGCUGGACCAACUCUCCUUGGACGGACACAGCUGGCUUCCCCGGAACAGAGAGCGGGGGAGGGGGCUUUGGAGAGGGACUCCAGUCCUGAGCAGCGUCCCCUCUGUCCUCUUGACCAGGGCUAAUGAGGGGAGUCUGGGAUUGGCCCCUGGGGGGGGAUGACAGGGCCUGGUGGCUGGAAUGUGGUUUGGACCAGGUCCUGUGCUGGACUGACUCCCCAGGGGUCGCACCCGCGGAUACUUUGUUUCCGUGAUGUGGGAAGAGCCCGCACCGCACCGUUUUCUGGAAAUUAAAACCAGUCCUGGAAAAUGUCAA